CUGCUCUGUUCCCGUGCCCCCAGGGCCCUCUCUCUUUCUCGCUCGACCUCGAUCCUUAUCCCGCCAUUUUAUGCCUUAUGCCUUGUACCUUGCCUCGUCUUAGCUUGCCUACCUUGCCUUACCUACCGUACCUUCUCACUCGCUGCUUCCAUUGCUGUCUCUUGAUCGGCCUCUGGGCUUGAAUUUGGCCGCAAGUUGAAGCCUCGCCUUUCAACCUUUCUACAGAGUAGGCAUACAACCUCCCAUCUCUACAACACCACUUGGAGCGCCUCCUACUCCUCCUCAAACACCCCUGGCUGAAGCCUCUUUUUUUUAUAAUUUGUUCCAGUCUACCGGGGCUCCGGACACUCAUCUCGUUCCGUAGUACUGCUUAAUUGCAAACACCCCAAACAGCCAACCUCCAAAGCAAAUCACUUGGGUUUCCGCUGCCCGCUUGCAAAAGAGCCAGAGCUCAGCACGCCCAGCCAGGCUCGCUCUCCCAGCCCAGUUCCCUUUGGUUGCGUCGUCUCUGCGUCUGUUCUUCUUCAGCCAGCCUGCCAGCACCGCACCGCUCCGUACCACUCACCCACCUCCAAAAAGCCCCCCCCAAAUCUUUCUCUCCCUCUCUCCUUCCCGCUUUCCUGGCAAGGCAAGGCGGCGCGGAAAAGGCUUGUUCGUUGCGCUCGACGUGUGCAAUAAAAAAUUGGGCAUCUCGAACCAACCCGCUCUCCGAAUGUCAUCGACACCGGUCGAUUGAAGCAUCCGUCGUCCACUCUCACGACAUUCCCACAUCUGUUUCCGCUCGCUUUCGCUAUCGCGCGAAACGUCGACACGUCUUUGCGUCCGUCGUAUCCAUCCUUUCGAGAUUACCUUAGACAACCAAUCCAUUUUCCCUUCUCUAGUCGCCCACGUCUUUGCCGACGCCAACUUUCUACCCCGUCACUGCAGUCGGGCUCUCCUUUGGUCGCAGGGCACAUACCCACCCGCCAUCUCACCUCCCCUACAUCUCACUUCCACCGCUUUCGUUGUUUGUCGUCGCAUCCCGACCUCCUUACCACAAUAUCGCCCACCCACCAUUGUCGUCACGCCGAUCAUCGAUGCCUUCUCGGUCCCUCUUCACCUGUUGACCCGACCGUUCGCAUUAAACGACUCCUAUCGCAAUCGAUAACGCUAGUCGAGCCCGCCCGCACCCGCUCCACGCGAUUGACACCACUUCCCGCGUCUUGCAAAUCACGACUCCAUCGCUGCCGCGUCGCGCCCAUCUCCGCAACUCCAGCCGCCCCAAUCCUUCGUACCUUUGCGGUCCCGAUUGCCGAUUUGUCGUCGAGAUAGACCACCUUUGGACGUUGGCGCAUGAGAUAGCACGAAGGAUAGACACGUCGAUAUCCACGCUGUGGAUCAUCGACACGCCGGAGACAUGAUGACGAGUAUGGGACCGUCUUUUGCAGGCCAUCCUGCCGGCAUGCAACAGCAUCCAGGUGUACCCGGGCACCCCAUGGCCCAGGGUAUGCCUCACAACCCAGGGCAGCAAGGCCCGGGCGGAGGAAUGCCUCACCAGAUGCACAUGGCAGUAUCAGGGCCUGGUGGUCAGGUUAAUCCAAAUCAGUUGAUGGGCGGCAUGCCGCCGGGUGCUGGAGGUCCGAACGCUCACGCUCUGCAGCAUCUCAAUCCUGCCCAAAACCAAAUGUUCCAGCAAAAUCAGUUUGGUAACUUCCAAACUCCAGCGGCGAUGGCGCACGCUACCCAGAUGGCCCAGCAGCGCUUGUUCCAACAGCAGCAACAGGCGCGACAAGCGCUCAUGGCCCAGCAGGCCUUCAACGCGAAUAUGGCGGGCGUCAAUGGUAUGCCGAUGGGAAUGCCAAUGAACCCGAUGAACGCAGCUCAGAUCGCGGCUAUGAGGCAGGGCAUGCGGCCGCAGCAACAUAACCCCCAGGCACAGGCGAUGCUCGCUCAGCAGAUCGCUCUCCAGCAGCAAGCCGUCGCCCAGCAGAAUCAACAGAUGCAACAGGGCCAACAACAGCCCGGCCAGCCGGUGCAGAUGAACCCCCAGCACAUGCAAAACCUCCAACAGGCCCAGAUGGCAAUGCAACAGCAGCAAGCCCAGCAGCAACAGGCUCAGCAGCAGGCUCAGCAACAGCAAGCUCAGCAACAAGCUCAACAACAGGCCCAGCAGCAAGCGCAACAGCAGCAGCAACAGGGCCAGCAACCUCAAGGCGGACCGCAGCAGCCUCAACCGCAACCCCAGCAGACGCCGCAUCAGACACCACAGCAGCAGCCAGCGCAACCCGUCAACCCUCAAUCUGCAGGACAGCCCACGCCGUCUCAAACUCCGGGCCCGGCCCCGAACCAGCAACCGCAACCUCCUCAGCCUCAAGCCCAACCGCAGGGUCCUCCUCAAAUGGCUCCCCAACCUGGACCGCAACAAAUGAACCCCGCGCAGCAGGCUGCAGCUCAGGCUGCCGUUGCCAACAGCAUGGCUCUUGCUCAACAACAAAGAAGGGAAGGAAUGAAGGGACACUGCCUACUCAAGUUGAUGCAGUUUAGCGAACAUUUGAGCGGCUUCCCCGGCCCCAAGGGCAAAGACGACCUGUCCUACUGGAACAGCUUCGUCAAUCAAUUCUUCUCCACCAAGGGUGUGUUCCGACACUCAGUACACAUCACCGACGUCGAAGACCAGGCAGACAAGCAAUACGAGAUUACCUACCCCGCACUCCCUCGAUACUUUCACACGCACUUCGACAGCGGUGUCAAGAACAUGCAGUUGAUCAUGGAAAAGGGGACGACGGAUCGACCACUCCCCGGCGACGGCCACUGGAUCGAGAACACGAAGUCCAGUUUGGUCUACUGGUACGAUAGCGGUUCGCACCUUGUCGCUACGGGCACCGUCAGAGCCCACUUUGAUGCAGAGCAAAAGAUUGAACUCUUUGAAUUCUUGACAACCAACCACGAAGAAUACAUUUCUAGAAAGGCCGCUAUCGAAGCUGCGAAGCCCGUGCAUAACUGGGUGAAGGAGUGGCACAAGGUUAACUCCCCUGACACCAAGACUUCCCCAGAAAUGAGCAAGAAGGGCAAGGCUCGUAUGAUGAAGUCCCCGCAAAAUCCUCCGCCAGAAGCACUGGUGGAUCUUCCGGAGUCGGCGGUCAAGAGGGGUAUGGGGGUUACCGAAGCUGUGUUCCAGUUCCUCGAGAUUGCUGAAGUGAUCGGCCAAAUGAACCCCCUUUUCGCCUUCUACCACAACCACCCUAACCUCGGCCCAUACGCUGCUCUUGAGCAGUACGUCGGUCAGAUCAACGCCCAGCCGCAGGUCAUGAACGGUCAGCCCAUGCCCCAAGCUCCCAGGACACCCAGCUUCGGUCAGUUCCCAAUGGGUGCGAGCCCAGCUCAGCCGCAUAUGCAGCUUCCUGGCUCGCCUCAUGUCACUGGAAGCCCUGCGCAAGGCCACAUGCAGGCACCCGGCAUGCAGAUGCAACAGAGCCAGCAAGGCACCAGCUCCAGCGGGCCUAGUGCAAACACGUCUCCAGCUUCCAACAAGCGAAGACGUCCAUCCGGUGUGAAGAUGGAGGAGGACGGCUCCCAGGCGCCUACCCCGGGUGGUCCUCAGGUCAAUGGAGUCCAGAACAAGGGCAAGCCGCCUACGCCGCGGAUGGCAAAGAGAAUGAAGGGCAACCCGGCGUAAGCUGGAGGGGUGUCUUUGGACAUUCAGGUUAUGCUCUAAUACGAGUCUGGCUACGCAGGCUCAGUAAUGCCUUUUUUAUGUCAUCAUUAUGCAGCAUGGCGGCGUCUUAGUGCUUGGCUUUCUGGCUCUGCGAUCUCAGGGCUGUUCAUAUGCGGGUGUUUGGCAAGCAUUUUGGACGUUCGGUGUUGGCUGGAAGCUCAAUCCACCACAUAUCCUAUGUCGAUCUCGUUUGGCAUCUAGGCCUCCCUUCACUCUCGACCAAGCCCACCUGGAAGGGCAGGCAAGUUCCUGCACAACCUCGGGACGAGACUUCACCAACUGUCUGCAGCGCAAAUGGUGAUGCCUCAGGUCAAAUGAGACCCCUGGACCCCUCCAUACGGAGCAACGGUGCAACGGUAGCAAGUUGUCGCCCAGCAAUCGAGAUACGCAGAGGCUAAUCGAGACAACAAAGCUUGUCCAUAUUCCCCCCCCCCCCCCCCCAUACCUGUACGAUAUCACGCUCGGCUACUGUCUAGCUCGGGCUCACUGUUUCAUGUUGUUUAUCCCUCGGGCCGCCUCGUAUUGUCUGAUUUGCCCGUCGGGGUCUCGAUCACGUCUCCAAGCUACUUUUUUUCCUUUUUUGUUGUUGGCGAGGAAUGAGUUGGGGGAAAGAUGGGUUUCCAAAAAAAAGAAGUUUUGUGGAAUUUUCUUCCUGGCGGAAAGCUUUUUUUGUUUUAUCCUACGGCGGCGGAGGGUGGUGUUUUGUCGGCGUAGUCGUUGCUGUCGCUUUUAUUUUCCUCCAUCUUACAAAUACCUAGUCUCUCAUCGGAAAGGAAAUAUGCAUACCCAGAUUUUUGCCAGGGAGUUGACUUGAUUUAAUGUGAUGUCCGUUUGAUAUGUUUGAAUUACUCGGACCUAUCCAGGUCAGGGAGAGGUAUUUGGUAACUGCAAUUGAUGUUGUAUGAAACACUUGCUUUUUACCAUGACGGCCUUUGGAAUCUGUUUUUGUUCAAAGCAUAUUAGAGCAUGUCCACUUGUAUUGAUCCACCGUUUCUAUCGACUUUCUUUCCCCGCAUUACGGAUCCUACCCAGACUAGCAGCUCUAUAUUUACUUCCCAGGGAGCAGCGCUGGAAAGAUGAGAGAACCCCUUUGUGUUUAAAAAGUGAGGUUUUCGUCAAGGUGCUCAAAAUUGUGUUGAUCAGAUUGGUAGGCAUGUUUGGGUAAAGAAUAUCAAGCAGUCCCCACCCCCGUGGUUGUGAACUUUGCAGGAGGGAAAGUUCAAAAGGUGGAAGAAAAUCAUAAAAAAUAGUCUAACGAGACAGUGGGAGUAUCCACUGAUACUGUGUAUUAAUACCGUGUAACCGAUAUCG